CGGUGACGACGGGGUCGCCCGCGACGCCUGGCAGGAACUCCUCAAGAAAAAUGGUGAUAAUGAAGACCUGUUGCUGCGAUUUCUUCACUGUUCGAACUGGCAGCUUCUGUGCGGCCUUUUUUGGAUCGGGCUACUUCACCGUCAACCUCCUGGCAAGCUCACUGCAGCGCAGCGAACUGGACGCAGCAUUAGCAACAACGCCACCUGAUGGGCAGGGAUCAGCAGCCGUAGGCUCCCUAGUUCUCAUGGUGCUCUGCCCAGCCGGACUGGCAUCUACAGUGCUCCUCAUCGUUGGCCUGGUCAAGGGGUGUCGGUGGCUGCUCCUUCCACUGGUGGUCGUCCUCUCGGCCACCGUUAUCGUCGACUUCGGCACAGUUUCUGCCAUCAUUUUACAGGACUUGAUCGUGUAUCACACAACGGAUGUGUUGACCGCAUUUCUCUUCCUGGUUGACAUAUGUGUACUCAGCAUCAACGUGCUGUGCAUCCUCUGCGUGGUGUCGCAGUUCCAAGUGUACUCGGCGUCGCCGUCGGACAGCGCCAACGCCGGCGGACGCUCGCCGCCGCUGACCCUGGCCGCGGACCAGUCCACCCAGCCGGGCCUCUCCGCGGCGCCGAUCUCCACCUCGGCCGACGCCGACGGCAAGGGGCCGCCGGACGGCGCCACCACCACGCGCGUCUAAAACCCGAUGUGAACGGACCGGAUGUCUGACACUCCGUUCAGGCGACUAUGAUCAGGGUCGCAUCGGACGGCGGCAACCGCCCGGUGUGAACAGACCGGAUGUCCGACACUCCGUUCAGGCGACUAUCAUCAGGGUCGCAUUGGACGGCGGCAAGCGUUUGGUGUGAACGGAUCGAAUGUCUCGCUGCCGGACAGUGGCUAACAUGGUAGGCGCAUGAAACUGAAGUCAGACUCCAUGAAAUGGCGGCUAGUUCUACCUGCAGACAAACCCCAGCUCGCGUUCAAUGCUUACCAUCAGAAGACGGCUGCUGCUGCGUGUCAGUGGACAGUGAGCAAAUUUCUGUUGUUACGCAACGCUGACGCCGGAGGUGCAUUGGACCUGAGUUAUGCUGCCCGCCUUGCUUCGGGCGGGCUGUCAGACUUCCCCAGGCCGUUCGGCCUUAGUUCGUCACAGCUUACGUUAGGCAGCAGGUUUGUCACAGCUGAGGUCAGUCGUACACUGGCUGGUCCGGGAGCGUUCCCCUGCUCGCUCUAGAGUGGUUAACUUAAUGACGGCUAUGAACUCCGAGGUCGUGCAAGCGCGGUUCGCUGGAAGCGGUCACAAGGUACGUCAGUAUAGCAUCGAACAUGAACCACACCAUUCGAAAGCUGGACAUUCCUCACGUCAUGUGUAUGCUCCAUUUUCAAAUUUUGUGAUCCUAAUAUUUGUAACAUUGUUUGGAGAUUGCGAUUGACGUUGCCUGUGUCUACGGUCCGUAA